AUGGGAUUAAGCAUUAAGAAUGAUAAGUGUGUCCUCCGUGGUGCUGAGGCUGAGACUAGGGAUCACUUGUUCUUUGAUUAUGGUUUUGUGAGGGAGUUGUGGGGUGAUAUUCUUACUUUGUUUGGUGUAACUCGUUGGGUUAAUUGUUGGGAUAGGGAGCUGGCAUGGGUUGUUCACUGCUUUAAAUGGAAAUCUCUCAUUGUGAGGGUGUUUAAGCUUGAUUGGGCUUGUCAUGUGUAUAACAUUUGGAAGGAGAGAAAUAGUAGGCUUUUUGGGGGCAAAGUUAGAUUGGUGGGUGAUGUGUUGAAGGACAUUAAGGAGGCUAUCCAGAUUCGGCUGAAAGGAUGGGCUAUCAGCAGAGCUAAUCCUAGGGACGAUUCCCUUUGUGUGAAGUGGGGUAUUUCUUAA